CACAUUGGUGGUCGUCGACACACACGUGUGCGUACAGUACAACUAUUCUCUAUGGCACUGGGAAUUGGCUGUAGCUAGAAUCUAUGGCAACAGCGCAGCCGCGGCAGGGGAAGACCGUACAGAUCCCGGCCGUCUACAGUGCCACCAGUGGAGUCAGCUGGAGAACCCAGUCAUCCACCACUGCAGCCAGUAGUACUCACCCAUCAGCGGCCAGCAAGACUCGGCCUGGAUACACCACGCAACAAGUAGCCAUGAUGGCAGGGGCAGUUGCUGUCAUUGAGUCUUGGUGGUGGAGCACAAAGAACAGAAAAGUCUUCAGAAUCUUGAAAGAAACUGUUCGCUCAGCUGAGCGCUCAUUAACGAACGAUGUAAUCAGAAAGGUGUGUCCGACUGAGGCAGAGCUAUUGAAAGACCCAACCAUGAAGACAAAAAUAAAGUUCAGGUUUGGAGGCGAGAGGUUUCCACCGACAAUCAUGUUCAAGAUUUUCAUAUCCAGCACUGCUGCUGCUACAGGAGUGAAGUACCUCAGUGGGAAGAAGCAUGAUUAGACCAGCAUCUGAAGUAACAAAAUAAACACCUCCUAUGCCACGAAAGCUUUCUCGUAUGCCCAUGUUAGAACACCAAAGCAGACUUUCUGCUAUUAUAACCAGACCAAUGCAAGAGUUCUACUAUAUAUUAUUCUUCGCCUCUACUGAGGUAAUGCGUCGUGUUCUACAAUCUGUUGGUUGUUCAGGCAGCCAGAGAUGCACAGAGAAGUAUGGGGAGUAGAGUGUUCUAUGACCAGAUGUUGGUGGAUGCCUGUCAGCAGCAGCAGUUCAGGAUCACCGACGAGAUUGAUGUCACAACUAUGAAGGAAUACAUGCAGUAUGUGUCAACAGUGGAUGAGACCCCAGCCUAUCUCGGUGGCAAAGACAACACCUGGAGAAAACUAAACCUUGAAGCCCUCCCUAGGCACAGUAUGAUGUACAGUGUCCUGGAGCUACUGGAGACCUGUUCUGGGGGGUCGGCAGCGGCUCCCAGUGGGGGGCUCUCGCUGGAGAAACUUCGCAGCUUCACGCGACCCCCGACCCAGACGGAACAGAUCCAGCGAAUCAAGACCGUCUCGUCUCUAAGGACAGGGGAAGGAGAGAGAAGUGGCUCCAGAGGCUCCAGGAUUGCCAGAAAGAGAGCCAGGAGGAUGAGACAGACAUUUGGACUCAGAUCUCCCAGUACCCCUCAACACUCUCAGAGUGGAAGAACAGAGGGAGGGAGUGAGGGAGAAGAAGAGGCAGGAGAGAUGGAUUCAGACAUUGAGAAAGAAGCUAGCGAACUCUAUGAAUGGACGCAGAACCUAUCUUUUGAAGAUGUUCAAUAAACACAAAUCUAUAAACUCAUACAAAAAUGAUUUUGUGUGUGCUCAUUUUGCCACCUUUGGAAGCCGAGCUAGUUGAUUCUUCCGUCUGUCAAUGUUUGUCUUCCUCAAUUCUGGCUUGAUGAAAACUGGUUGUAACAAGGAA